AUGGCUCGCAAAAUCCUAUGUGUGGCUGAGAAGCCUGCCAUUGCUCGCGCAGUGGCCACUCACUUAUCCGGAGGUGCUUUUCAAACACAUGCGAUUCGUGGGAAUCAAUAUGUGAAGAACUAUGAAUUUGAAUUCAAUUUUGGUGGUGCCUGGGGCAACUGCUCGGUCACCAUGACCAGCGUAGUGGGCCAUCUGACUGGCUUAGACUUUGACCGUCAGUACAAAGGCUGGAUGUCCUGCCCUCCAGGAUCAUUAUUCGAGGCUCCUGUGCAAGAGACUGUUGAUAAGGACAAGCUACCAAUUGCGGAUAACAUCCGGAAUCAAGCCAAGUAUGCGAAAGCACUAUUUAUUUGGACUGAUUGUGAUCGCGAAGGUGAGCAUAUCGGUUCCGAGGUCCGUAAUCAGGCAAUAGCAGGAAAUGCUCGGAUCGAGGUUAAGCGAGCCAAGUUCAGCAACACGGAAAGCGCCCAUGUUCGUCGGGCUGCUCUAGAACCAGUCAAUCUCGACGAAUAUCAGGCCAGUGCUGUAGCUGCCAGAAUUGAGUUGGAUCUUCGAAUCGGCGCUGCAUUCACCCGCCUACAGACUCUACAACUACAAACAGUGGUGGCAGCCUUGAAGGAAAAGGUCAUUAGCUAUGGAUCCUGCCAAUUUCCUACUUUGGGAUUCGUUGUCGACCGAUACUUGAGAGUCAAAAAUUUCAAGCCAGAAGUAUUUUGGGGCAUCAAGGUCAUACUCAGCCGCGAAGGCAAAAAGGUCAACUUUCUCUGGAAGCGGGUACAUUUAUUUGACCGAGCAGUUGUUACGAUGAUGUUAGAGCGGUGUUUGGUUGCAAAACAAGCCAAAGUCACCAAAGUGAACCAGAAGCCUACAAGCAAAUGGCGGCCGUUGCCCUUGACCACGGUAGACCUACAGAUGAUGGGCAGUCGAUUUCUUCGUUUGGACAGUCAAACUAUUAUGAAGGUAGCAGAAGCACUUUACACCAAGGGAUUCAUCAGCUAUCCCAGAACUGAGACAGACCAGUUUGACAAAGCAAUCGACCUGAAGAAAUUGGUCGAAAAGCAAUACCCCGACACCUCGUGGGGUCAAUACGCUCGAGAACUUAUUGAUGGCAAGUUCAGGACUCCUCGCUCUGGUCGCCACAAUGACAAGGCCCAUCCACCUAUUCAUCCUGUCAGCUGGGUUUCACCGAAUCAAUUGAAUGCCAAUGAAAAGAAGGUCUAUGAAUUUGUUGCCCGUCGAUUCCUCGCCUGCUGUUCUGAUGAUGCGAAGGGCCAGAGCACAGAGGUUGAAAUUCAAUAUGGCGACGAAUUUUUCCACACCAAUGGUCUUAUCGUGUUGGAGAGAAACUACUUGGAUGUAUACGUCUACGAUAAGUGGGAAAGCAGCCAGCAACUUCCCAACUUUGAACGGGGGAGCUCUUUGAGCCCACAGAAGCCAAUAUUUUCGAAGGCAAAACAACUGCUCCGAACUAUCUGA